ACUCAGAUUGCUUGUGACUGUAAUAUUGCAGCUUCACUGGGACGUUCAGAGACUUGUGGCUAUCUGAAGGCUGGCCCAGAGAGAUGUCGGGUCUAUUGGAAAGCAGCUCGGUCAGGACACCGAGCUCUCCCCCACUCGGUUCAGGGGGCUGAAGGCUGAAGGUGCUGGAGCCAUGCCUGCAGUUAUCUGGAUUCCUGGUUUUAGGCAGUUUCGAGCGAAAUUGCUCAGGAAACCUGUUUUCCUCUGCUUUCUCCUGUGGAUCGGUUGCUGGCUGCUUUUGAACGCGUCAAUCUUCAUCCGCAGGAGUCUUUUCGCGGAAUACUGCACUGAUCAGAGGAGUAAAGGGAUCCUCCGUACACUGUGUCAGGACUACAGGCAAGGUAUCCUAACUGGAGAUUUAUGUGAGGAUUUAUGUGUGACACAGACUAUGGUUUACAAACGCUGUCUUUACUACGACAAAGGGAAGAAAGUCAUCCAGGCUGAUUGGAAUGGUCAGCCCAUAAUUCUGAAAUCCAAACUGGAGGACUUCCUGAGCUAUGAAAGUCUGUACCUAUUGGAUGAGCGAGAAAGCAGACCCAUUCCAGAUGUUGAUAUCCUCGUCUUUACUGCAUUGGAAAUCAAACAUUCCUUGGGCCUGGAUGUGAAGAAUGUCACAGUACCGCAGCUAUGGACCAAACACCUAAAAGGCAGGACAGGCUCGUUCUCUAGGGCAGAGCUGGCCAGUAUGUGGUCCCUCUUUCAACAGGAGGAGUAUGUGUUUUUCCAGUUGCUGCAGGACCUCAGUAAGCAUGUUCUCAGAGUGAUUGGCUCCUGUGGACAUUUCUAUGCUGUCGAGUACCUUACAGCUGGUCACGCUUGGCACCGCAGCCUGUUCUCCCUUGAGAAGCUGGUCCCCCUUUCCUGGCGAGGCAGUAGCAGAAAGGCAUGGUGGCAGGUGACAAAUGGAAUCGCACUGAGUUUCCUCGAAUUGGCCAGACAUUUUGAGAAUGAUUUUUCUCACCAGCUUCACCUUUGUGACAUCAAACCGGAAAACUUUGCCAUCAGGGCUGAUUUAACGGUUGUUACAAUUGAUGUCGACAUGGCAUUUUUUGAACCCAAAAUGCGUGCCAUCCUUGAACAAAAUUGUACAGAUGAUGAAGACUGCAACUUUUUUGACUGUUUCUCCAGGUGCAAUAUUAAGACUAAAAAAUGCAGAGCAGACCGUUCAAAUAAUAACCUCCAGGUUAUUUGUGAUAAGAUUUUUCGCCCCCUGUUCUCACCGAGGCUAAGUGAGCUAAGGGUGUAUCACCCAUUGCAAACCCAGUUGUAUAAAGCAGUGCAAAGAUGUGCUGAGCUGUCCGAUCAGGGUAGUGUGGACAAGAAAACAAUGGAGAUUACAUUCUCUGAACUAUACAACUUGUUUAAGGCCUGCCAAAGAGACAUGUGAAAUCUAAACAACAAAUUGUCUGGCCAAGAAGUCAAACAGCUGACUGUUGGAACUUGCUGUUGAAAUGUGAAGCUGUUUACAUGGUUUACCAUUAUUCUCAUAUUGUAUAUACCACGAUAAGCAAGUAAUGCGGCAGAGAGUCAGGAGAUAACUAAAUUGAGUUAUUUAAAGCUCUUUUUUAAUAUAACUAAAAGCUAUUUCCUCCACCAUUUGUCUCUGCUCAUUUUGUAGUGGAUGUUUCACUAGAUGCUGUCGGCUGCCUCACCAACCCAGCAAGCUUUGCAGUGAUGGUUGGGAGACAUGGAUCCCCAAUAGUCUCUCUUCGGGAGGAAUGUACUCCUCUUAAAAACACUAUGGAGAAAAAGAGAGAAGAGACAAACAUGAGCAAUGGCAGGUUGAAGUGUUUUACCACUCGGAUUGAACUCCAAAAUUGGCUGGCCAUGCAAUUGCUUGUGCCAUAUAGUUGGGUCCACUUAGAAGCAGUUGCCCCACUAAGACAAAUAACAAAAUAAAAAUAGAAGCUUAAUAGGAGUGGCAGCCUCUGUGAAGACAGCAACAGAGCAACAGAAAUGACAGCAUUUCAAGUCCACUAUGACUCCUUUUUGGAAAUCAUGUGAAAAAUUAUCAGCUUGGCUUCACAGGUCAGCACAACAUUGAGGGCUGAAGGACCUGUACUGCACUGUAAUGUUCUAUGUUCUAUGUUCUAACUUGACCACCUUGAAGGCUGUUGGCUCUUGGUGACCCAAUGUUCCCCAUGGUCCACUCGGUGAAGACCAAGGAGAUGGCUAAUUCAUUGAAUAUUGAACAGGCUGCAGUUGACUCAAGUGUGAUCAAGAAAAGGCGUUAUAUAGGAACCGUUUAUUCUGCAAAUGCCAUAGGGUGCGAGAAGUCGCUUAAGUAAAAGCAUUCAGGUGCAUGAGUAGUAGAUGUGUGCAUGCUUAGGAGUGGUAAGGCAUGGUAAAGUGUGACCUCCACCACUAUCACCUCCAGGGAGAAACUUAAAUAUCUGUAGCCAGCUGUUUCUUCUCGUUCAGCCAAUCAACAGAAUCAAAUUGUGAGCACAAAACACCAAGUGUUUAAAUUCAAUGAUCUUCUUUUAAGAGGUAAAUUCUAUCUUUAAAUAUGCUACCCUGGGAGAUCACUGGAAAUUGAAUGGAUGGGUGCUUGCUAUAGAUGUGAUUGACAAGCCACAUCCAAGGCAGGUAUAACGGGCUAGAAAAAAGAACAAAGAAAAUUACAGUACAGGAACAGGUCUUUCAACCCUCCAAGCCUGUGCCAAUC